AGCAUCUCUGCAGUCCACCGCUCAGCUGUCACACUCAGCUGCCCGGCGCCUCCAGCUCACAGGAAACUUCACAAUCGUAUAUACCACAUACUUGCACACACAAAGUGUAAACAGCGUGUGAUAGAUAGGUCGUUCCACCCUGCCUCGUCUGUUUGCGUGUUGAUCCCUUCAGCAGGCCCUGCUUCUCCUGUCCACAGCGUCCGUGAUGAGUUACUACAUGGAUCCAGUUUCUUCCUACCCGGCCCUUCACCCCUGUGACCGUCUGGGCGCAAUGAGGCAGAGUGGAGGGGUUGCAGUGGGCCCUCAGACCCAGCUCCCAGGUGUGGUUCACCCUCAGCAACAGUAUUACCCAUCACAGCCCCUUUACCCCCAGGAUAUACCGCUGCAGGAGGUACCCAAUGGACAUGACAUGUGCCCUACAGAUCCAGAGUGUGGAGAUGUCCCCCUACUAACUCCUGGAAGUAAAGAGAUGAUGUCCCAGGCUCUGAAGGCCACCUUCAGUGGCUUCACCAAGGAGCAGCAGCGGCUGGGUAUUCCCAAAGAUCCCAGACAGUGGACAGAGAACAAUGUAGCUGAGUGGCUAACGUGGACAGUGAACGAGUUCAGUCUGAAGAAUGUUGACUUUGACAAAUUCUGCAUGAAUGGAGCCACCCUGUGUGCGAUGGGGAAGGAACGCUUCCUGGACUUAGCACCUGACUUUGUGGGUGACAUCCUUUGGGAACAUUUAGAAAUGCUUCAAAAAGAGGAUACAAAGCAUUACCCCAUCAAUGGACUGACCUCCAACUUCCAGGAAUCCCGUUAUACCUCAGACUACUUUGUCAGCUAUGGUGUUGAGCAUGCUCAGUGUGUCCCUCCUUCUGAAUACUCAGAGCCCGGCUUCAUCACAGAGUCCUACCAGACGCUUCAUCCCAUCAGCUCAGAAGAAUUGCUGACGCUCAAAUAUGAGAGUGAAUACCCUGCUGUCAUCCUACGGGACACACCCCUCAACCCCCUGCAAGCGGACUACUUCUCUGUCAAGCAGGAGGUGGUAUCCCCUGACAACAUGUGUGUGGGACGCCUCAGCAGAGGUAAGCUCGGCGGCCAGGACUCCUUUGAGAGCAUUGAGAGCUUUGAGAGCUGUGACCGGUUGACCCAGUCAUGGAGCAGCCAGUCUUCAUUCAGCAGCCUGCAGCGGGUACCUUCAUAUGACAGUUUUGACUCAGAAGACUACCCCACCGCCUUGCACGGCCACAAGCCUAAGGGCACCUUCAAAGACUAUGUGAGGGAGCGCUCAGACCUCAGCAAGGAUAAACCUGUCAUCCCAGCUGCAGCACUGGCAGGAUACACAGGCAGCGGCCCCAUCCAGCUGUGGCAGUUUCUCCUGGAGCUGCUGACCGACAAGUCUUGCCAGUCCUUCAUCAGCUGGACAGGCGACGGCUGGGAGUUCAAGCUUUCUGACCCAGAUGAGGUUGCUCGGAGGUGGGGCAAGAGGAAAAACAAGCCCAAGAUGAACUAUGAGAAGCUGAGCCGUGGCCUGCGCUACUACUAUGACAAGAAUAUCAUCCACAAGACAUCAGGGAAACGCUAUGUCUACCGCUUUGUCUGUGACUUAAAAAGCCUGCUGGGGUACACUCCUGAGGAGCUGCAUGCAAUGUUGGACGUUAAGCCUGAUACGGACGAGUGAAAGCAAAGAUGAAAAAGAAGGUGAAGACAAAAGUUAAGAAGCCACGUGGACUGGGGCUCAUAAAGUGGUCUUAACUGUUUGAUAGAGUCGGUAAACCAUUUUUUUGGGGACCAAAAAUGUUUUUAAUGACUAACUGUGGUCUUUGUCAUCUUUGAAGCUCUUGUCUCUCAGACCAUGUUUUAAAAGAAGGCACAAGCCAAAAGCCUGUAUUCAUACCCUGUUGCAUUUGAGAUGUGUGUGGGCAUGUGUGUGUGUGAGCGUGCGCAUGUGUGUGUGAGCGUGCGUAUGUGUGAUAUAUACCGGUAUUAUUUAGCAGCUCGAGGCAGAUGGAGUGCUAUCAGGUAGAGUUCAGGUUCCAUUCUGCCUAAGUAGCACAGUGGUGAGACAAGAGGAGACAGAAAGUCAAGAGAGAGGAAGAGAAAAUAAAAUGAUUGUCGGGGUAAACGGUGGGGUAAGCGUGGAAAGUUCCCUCUAAGAAAAUGGUUGCCAAAAUGUAAAAACUGAACUGAGGAAGGUAUAAUGUCAUAUUUACAUACUGUACAUGCUCACUGUUUCUCUUUUGCAAGGAAAGAGUUUUCAGCUUGGACCAAAAAGCGUCAUUUAUAGUCUGUUGUUUGAGGAGCGUAUGCUUGUGCCAGUAUUAUAUUAUUGAUGUUGAAAACACCCAAUGUAAACCUACCAGGCAUAUAUUGGAAAGAGUAUUUUUCUUAUGUUGUCAAUGAAGGUAUUACAGUGGAACCAAACAUUAGAUGCCAAGUUUAAUUGUUCUGUUAUCUAGGAAGCCUUAAACUGAAAUGUACUGAUUCGUUAUCAGACAACACUAUAGACUCUGGCCCUGUGCUUAUAUGGUGUGAGGACCCACUGAGAUCACUCAUACCAAGAGUAUCUGAUAGACAGACAACUGAAAGUAGCCGUUGCUUUUGAAACUGACGCUUUCACCUUUACGUACAUGUUUGCCACCUUGUUAGAGACACACAUAUUGUGACUGAAACUUAUGCAUUUUUGCAUAUACCACCAGUAUUAGCAAACUGUAGACAAUCUUUGUGGGGAAAUUCAGGAGUCCUUGGUAAGAGUUGUUUAAUGUGCAGAUUAGAAGUAUAAUUUGUCAAUUCACUGUCCAUGUUAGCGUUGCUUUAGAAGUGUUUGAAUAGUCUUCUGUCUGUCUGUCUGUACAAUAAAAUCACAAGUGAAGUAAUUGAGGGAGGGAUUUUUACCAAAUCCUAAGAAUGUCAGAGAGUUUUUCUUUUUUUUUUUCAUCACGCAGUAGACGAUGGAUGCAGUAUUUUGUGAAGGUACAGUGCAGGAAAAAGGGAAAGGCAAUAGAAAAAUGUUGACUUCAGAGAGAGAUUCGGAAGCUGUAUGUGACAGAUGGAAGUAACUGAAAGAAAAUGUUGAUGCUGCAAGUGAGGAUCGCUUGUGAGAUCUGACAGAGAAUGACUGACAGAAAUGAUUCAAGCUGGCACUGUUUGGAGGUUUGCAUUAUGUGUUGUGUACUGAGGACUUUGUUUGCCACUGCCAUCGAGGUUUGUUCCAGCUCUCAGCUGAAACACCAUCACAAAUGGAGACCUAUUAGGACUAGUGGUAGUCAUUUAAUUUUUAUGUUUCUGUGUUGCCUAUCUAUGGACAAGAUCAUUUUCAGCUCAUAGUGAGUAACCUAUGUAUGAUUCCACCCUUAUAUGUGCAGUUUGCUCAGAAUACAUGCAUAAAGAUUCACUGGUUUUGUAUGAGCAAAUUGGCAGCAGUUUCCUCCCAACAGUGGGAACAGUGUCUGUACACUGGCCUUAUGGGAAAUGCCAAAGUCGAAUAUCAUCUUAGAAUACAAUGUUAUUGUUUACAGUGGCUGAAUGUUACCCAUAUGGAUGAAAAUAGCUUUUGAGAUGUCUAUUUGUACAGAUUGUAUUUCAUAAUGCUUUAUUGAGACCCAGAUUACACAAAUAAGCAAGAGACAAAGCAGGAAUAAUAACCAAAACCCAUGUGAGGUCUUUGGCCACGGUGCUUUGGGUAUCGUCCACAACGUUAGAAGACAGGGACCAGAAUUCUCUCACAUUCUUUGGAAAGUGUUGACUUUUCUUUUAUCUUUUGUUAAUACAUUGGAAGCACACAGCUUUAGGACAAAAAGAAACGCCUUUCGUUGAUAGGGGUUUCCCACUGAUUGUGAGAAGAGAUACUGUGUAUGUUCAUAAUGUUAAAUUGGUAACAAGCUUGUCAAUCAUCAUCAUCUAGCAGUGACUCGCAAACCCUCACCCAUGCUUUUCAUCCAACACAGAUAAUUGGAUCUUCAACAAAUUAAUUUGUCAUAAGCUGCACUGUACUUUCAUUCUUUUCUGCACAUUGAUGUCAUGGUUUCAAAACACUGUUAUUUGUAUUGUUCAGGUUCUUUUUUUUUUCUGAUGUCAGUGUUUUAUGUUAGAGAGAGCUUUACAGAUUUUUAAACAUACUUGUAAUGGUUGACAAUGCCCUGGAAAAAAAGUUUUUGUUCUCAACACAAGGUCACACAGUAGUGUCAGUACGGUUGGCUUCAAAAGAUCGACGCGCUAAGAGUAAACAUUCUGUUACCUAAAAUGUUAAUAUUUUGAAAAUUAUUUUGUCUAUUGUUAAAUGUCACAGAUCACAAUCUACUGCAGGAUUUAUGUAUUAAGGAACCUUUGUUGGGCAAGUGUAUACAGUACAUACCAAUAGUUUGUGGCAUAUGCAUAUCUCAGAAUGGAUUCAGAAGGAAAACCAUUUUUGUUUUAUGUUUUUUGUAUAUUUUAUAGUGUCUCUGUAUUUUUGUUAUGAGAUCAUUUUUAUUGUAUUUAGUUCACAAACAUUUGAAUAUUUUUCAAUAAUUUAUAUUUUAUAAAAGACAAGAGACGCAGACAGCUGGUGCUUUCAUGGGAAUUUAAAGGUAGCGCAGGACAAAAUAAUGUAGCGAUUAUUUUUUUUUUUUGUUGUUGUUUUUUUUAUUCUUUUUUUACAUAGAAAAUAGACCUGUCUGCUAGAGAAAAAAGGCUGAUGCUGGCCCAUCAAUGAUUUCUGCUGGAAAGGUUUUAUAAACUGUAGCUUCUAUUUCUAAAAUGUACUUAAUGUACUUCAAAAUGUUAUAAAAUAUAUGUGAACAAAGAUUUCAUAA